UUUAAUUAAACAGGCCUCGUCCCCAGCAACCCAUCUUUCUUUGUUUUGUGUAAAGACUUCAAACAAAACAAGAAAAUGGAAAGAGGCUGCAGAGAAGAAGGGCUACCGACAAGCCCUUUGCUUCCUGUUGCAAAGCCUCCGCCGCCCGACAGGAAUUAUGAGAUCGUUAGCUUCAACGUAGUAGCCGCAGAUUCGUCCAUCACUCCUGUUCUUGUCUUCAGCACUUUCAUAGCUGUCUGUGGCUCCUUCUGUUAUGGCUGUGCUGUGGGGUAUUCAUCGCCGGCAGAAUCUGGAAUCAUGGAAGAGUUGGGCCUCUCUUUGUCGGAAUACUCAGUUUUUGGGUCAAUAAUGACAAUCGGAGGAAUGAUAGGUGCGAUUACAAGUGGAAAGAUAGCUGAUCUUGUCGGCCGGAGACGAACGAUGUUAUUGGCUGAAUUAUUCUGCACUCCAGGUUGGCUUGCAAUUGCCUUUGCUAAGAAUGCUUGGUGGCUGGAUAUUGGAAGACUGUUGAUUGGACUUGGAGUAGGGCUUUUUACUUAUGUGGUACCUGUAUAUGUGGCAGAAAUAGCACCUAAAAAUCUCAGGGGACGAUUUACCUCAGCCAAUCAGAUGUUAACUAGUUGCGGCUUUGCACUCUCAUACUCUAUUGGAAAUAUAAUUUCCUGGCGCACCCUGGCUAUAAUUGGUGCUAUUCCAUGCUCGUUGCAGCUUGUGGGUUUAUUCUUUAUUCCAGAGUCUCCUAGAUGGCUAGCGAAAUGUGGCAGAAAAGAUUUUGAAGCUUCAUUGAGACGACUUAGGGGAAAGAAUGCAGAUGUUUCAGUAGAAGCAGUGGACAUAAUAGAAAUUACAGAAACCUUUCAACAAAAUUCAGAAGGGAGUGUUCUUGAAUUAUUCCAGAGAAGAUAUGUUUAUUCAAUCAUUGUUGGAGUAGGGCUAAUGUUUCUGCAACAACUAGGAGGGGACAGUGGAAUGGUAUAUUACAGCAGUACCAUAUUUUCUGAAGCUGAUUUUUCUACAGUUUUUGGAACUACGGCCUUAGCGCUUAUAUUGUUAAUAGCAGCUAUGGUGAGCCUGAGCUUAAUGGAUAUAUAUGGAAGACGAACUCUCCUAAUGGUUUCUUCAACCGGAACAUGCUUGUUCUUAUGCGUAGUUGGAUUAUCAUUCUUGUUGAAGGAACAUGGAUAUUUGAAAGAGAUCACUCCAUAUAUGGCAUUUGCUGGCUUAUUGGGUUAUCUCGCAGCUUUUGCAAUAGGCAUGUCAGGAAUCCCAUGGGUUAUCAUGUCAGAGAUAUUUCCUGUAAGUGUGAAGGCAUCAGCUGGAAGCCUAGUUGCCCUAACCAAUUGGUCUUGCUCUUGGCUUAUAUCUUACACUUUCAACUUUAUGCUAGUAUGGAGCCCUGCAGGUACAUUUUUCUUCUUUGCGGGUGUGUGUUGUUUUACUAUCUUAUUCAUUUGGAAGUUAGUGCCAGAAACCAAGGGACGAACAUUGGAAGAAAUACAAGCAAGAAUUGCUCGUAUUCCAGAAGAGAGUUUAUAGUAUUAGCUUUUGUUCCAAGUAAGUCUGGUUAGAACUUCGAAGUUAAAUGUAUUUAGGCAAAAGCUUAAAUCAAGUGUAAUUAAGUUUGUUUUCCCUUUUUAAAAGGGAUAAAGAAUAAUGGGUCUCAAAUCAAAAACUUGUUAUCCA